CGAGCGGAGGCCGAGGAAGCUCAGGGUCACAGAGACCCGGCCCGAAGGGGUCCCGCAGAGCAUCGGCCAGCUGGCCGAGGAGGCAGGGCAGACCGCCGCAACCAACCUGCCGCGGCCCCGCGAGCACAGGAGGCGGCGAUCCAGGAGCGGAGCGCAGCCCGGGGGAGGAAGGGUGGCGCGGGCACGCCCGGUCGGGAGGGCGCGGAUUCUCCGAUCCUAAGGAGCUGUCGCCUCAUCACCCGAGAGAGCUGUGCGGGGACGGGCGGGAGACCCCGGGCCCGGGCGCAGCGCACACGCGUGGCGCACGCCAGGCGGGCCGGGCGGCGCCGAGGGUACGCGGGAUCGCGCUCACGGAGCUUCGGGCGGCACAGACCCCGGGCGCGGACAGCCCGCGGCGCCCCCUGGGCUCUCGGUGCUCCGCGCAGCCCCGGGGGCGAUCGGGGCCCGGGUCCGGGAGUGGGAGCCACCCUCCCUCAUCCCCUCCCCCCCCCGGGCCGGCCGGCAGCCCGGGGGAGGGCGGGCGGCGGCGCUUGGCUGUAUAUAUCUCCGCACACCCUGCCAGGUCGCUCACAGCGCCCCGAGCCCAGGCGCCUCCCCGCCCCCCUCCCGGCGCUCCGCGGCGGCGGCGGCAGCGGCAGCAGUAGCAGCAACAUGGCUGUUGAUGGGUGUUCGGGGUGGCGCUGGCGGCGGGAGGAGCUCCCUCGAGCCCCUGCGCCUGCCGCCCGUUGCUAGCUAUGGCAAACGGUGGCGGCGGCGGCGGCGGCAGCAGCGGCGGCGGCGGCGGCGGCGGCGGAGGCAGCGGUCUUAGAAUGAGCAGCAAUAUCCACGCGAACCAUCUCAGCCUAGACGCGUCCUCCUCCUCCUCUUCCUCCUCCUCUUCUUCUUCUUCCUCCUCCUCUUCCUCCUCGUCCUCGGUCCACGAGCCCAAGAUGGAUGCGCUCAUCAUACCGGUGACCAUGGAGGUGCCGUGCGACAGCCGGGGCCAACGCAUGUGGUGGGCUUUCUUGGCCUCCUCCAUGGUGACUUUCUUCGGGGGCCUCUUCAUCAUCUUGCUCUGGCGGACGCUCAAGUACCUGUGGACCGUUUGCUGCCACUGCGGGGGCAAGACGAAGGAGGCCCAGAAGAUAAACAAUGGCUCCAGCCAGGCAGAUGGUACUCUCAAGCCAGUGGACGAAAAAGAGGAGGUGGUGGCAGCCGAGGUCGGCUGGAUGACAUCUGUGAAGGACUGGGCAGGGGUGAUGAUAUCCGCCCAGACACUGACUGGCAGAGUCCUGGUUGUAUUAGUCUUUGCUCUCAGCAUUGGUGCCCUCGUAAUAUACUUCAUAGACUCGUCAAACCCAAUAGAAUCCUGCCAGAAUUUCUACAAAGAUUUCACAUUACAGAUCGACAUGGCUUUCAACGUGUUCUUCCUCCUGUACUUUGGCUUGCGGUUUAUUGCAGCCAACGAUAAGCUGUGGUUCUGGCUGGAAGUGAAUUCAGUAGUAGAUUUCUUCACAGUCCCUCCUGUGUUUGUGUCUGUGUACUUAAACAGAAGUUGGCUUGGCUUGAGAUUUUUAAGAGCUCUCAGACUGAUACAGUUUUCAGAGAUUUUGCAGUUUCUGAAUAUCCUUAAAACAAGUAACUCCAUCAAGCUGGUGAACCUGCUCUCCAUAUUUAUCAGCACGUGGCUGACUGCAGCUGGAUUCAUCCACUUGGUGGAGAAUUCAGGGGACCCAUGGGAAAAUUUCCAAAACAACCAGGCACUUACGUACUGGGAAUGUGUCUACUUACUCAUGGUCACAAUGUCUACAGUGGGUUACGGGGAUGUUUAUGCAAAAACCACACUUGGACGCCUCUUCAUGGUCUUCUUCAUCCUCGGGGGACUGGCCAUGUUUGCCAGCUACGUCCCUGAAAUCAUAGAGUUAAUAGGAAACCGCAAGAAAUACGGGGGCUCCUAUAGCGCGGUUAGUGGAAGAAAGCACAUUGUAGUCUGUGGACACAUUACUCUGGAGAGUGUCUCUAACUUCCUGAAGGACUUUCUGCACAAGGACCGGGAUGAUGUCAAUGUGGAGAUUGUCUUUCUUCACAACAUCUCCCCUAACCUUGAGCUUGAGGCUCUGUUCAAACGGCAUUUCACUCAGGUGGAGUUUUAUCAGGGCUCUGUCCUCAAUCCACACGACCUUGCCAGAGUCAAGAUAGAGUCAGCAGAUGCAUGCCUGAUCCUUGCCAAUAAAUACUGCGCUGACCCGGAUGCAGAAGAUGCCUCCAACAUCAUGAGAGUGAUCUCCAUAAAGAACUACCACCCAAAGAUCAGGAUCAUCACUCAGAUGCUGCAGUAUCACAACAAGGCCCAUCUGCUCAACAUCCCCAGCUGGAACUGGAAAGAGGGUGAUGACGCAAUAUGCCUUGCAGAGCUCAAGUUGGGUUUCAUAGCCCAGAGCUGUCUGGCUCAAGGCCUCUCCACAAUGCUUGCCAAUCUCUUCUCUAUGAGGUCAUUCAUAAAGAUUGAGGAAGACACAUGGCAGAAAUACUACUUGGAAGGAGUCUCCAAUGAAAUGUACACAGAAUAUCUCUCCAGUGCCUUCGUGGGUCUGUCCUUCCCUACUGUUUGUGAGCUGUGUUUUGUGAAGCUUAAGCUCCUGAUGAUAGCCAUUGAGUACAAGUCUGCCAACAGAGAGAGCAGAAGCCGAAAGCGAAUAUUAAUUAACCCUGGGAACCACCUUAAGAUCCAAGAAGGUACUUUAGGAUUUUUCAUCGCAAGUGAUGCCAAAGAAGUUAAAAGGGCAUUUUUUUACUGCAAGGCCUGUCAUGAUGACGUCACAGAUCCCAAAAGAAUUAAAAAAUGUGGCUGCAGGCGGCUUGAAGAUGAACAACCGCCAACCCUGUCACCCAAAAAAAAACAACGUAAUGGGGGCAUGAGGAACUCACCCAACACCUCCCCGAAGCUGAUGAGGCAUGACCCCUUGUUAAUUCCUGGCAAUGAUCAGAUUGACAACAUGGACUCCAAUGUGAAAAAGUACGACUCCACUGGAAUGUUUCACUGGUGUGCACCCAAGGAGAUUGAGAAAGUCAUCUUGACUCGAAGUGAAGCUGCCAUGACUGUCCUGAGUGGCCAUGUCGUAGUCUGCAUCUUUGGGGAUGUCAGCUCAGCCCUGAUUGGCCUCCGGAACCUGGUGAUGCCACUUCGUGCUAGCAACUUUCACUAUCAUGAGCUCAAACACAUUGUGUUUGUGGGCUCCAUUGAGUACCUCAAGAGGGAGUGGGAAACACUGCACAACUUCCCGAAAGUGUCCAUAUUGCCUGGUACGCCAUUAAGUCGGGCUGAUUUAAGGGCUGUCAACAUCAACCUCUGUGACAUGUGCGUUAUCCUGUCAGCCAAUCAGAAUAAUAUUGAUGAUACUUCGCUUCAGGACAAGGAAUGCAUCUUGGCGUCACUCAACAUCAAAUCUAUGCAGUUUGAUGACAGCAUCGGGGUCUUGCAGGCUAAUUCCCAAGGAUUCACACCUCCUGGAAUGGACAGAUCAUCGCCUGACAACAGCCCAGUGCACGGGAUGUUACGCCAGCCGUCCAUCACAACUGGGGUCAACAUUCCCAUCAUCACGGAACUCGCUAAGCCGGGCAAGUUGCCUUUGGUAUCAGUCAAUCAGGAAAAAAACAGUGGGACGCACAUUCUAAUGAUAACGGAGUUGGUGAACGAUACCAAUGUUCAGUUUCUGGACCAAGACGAUGACGAUGACCCUGACACAGAGCUGUACCUCACACAGCCCUUUGCUUGUGGGACAGCCUUUGCCGUCAGCGUCCUGGACUCACUCAUGAGCGCGACAUACUUCAAUGACAAUAUCCUCACCCUAAUACGGACCCUGGUGACAGGAGGAGCCACACCAGAGCUCGAGGCUCUAAUAGCUGAGGAGAAUGCACUUCGAGGAGGCUACAGCACUCCGCAGACACUGGCCAACAGGGACCGUUGCCGAGUGGCCCAGUUAGCCCUGUUAGAUGGGCCCUUUGCAGACUUAGGGGAUGGUGGUUGUUAUGGUGACCUGUUCUGCAAAGCUCUGAAAACAUAUAACAUGCUUUGUUUUGGAAUUUACCGGCUGAGAGAUGCCCACCUCAGCACCCCCAGCCAGUGUACGAAAAGGUACGUCAUCACCAAUCCUCCCUACGAGUUUGAGCUCGUACCGACAGACCUGAUCUUCUGCCUGAUGCAGUUUGACCACAAUGCUGGCCAAUCCCGGGCCAGUCUGUCUCAUUCCUCCCACUCCUCACAGUCGUCCAGUAAGAAGAGCUCCUCCGUCCACUCCAUCCCGUCCACAGCAAAUCGGCCGAACCGGCCCAAGUCCAGGGAGUCCCGCGACAAACAGAACAGAAAAGAAAUGGUUUACAGAUGAGCCGGAUAAUGCCUAUCCCAGAAACAUUCAAAUCAAGCCCAUGAGUACCCACAUGGCUAACCAGAUCAACCAAUAUAAAUCCACAAGCAGCCUGAUCCCUCCAAUCAGAGAAGUUGAAGAUGAAUGUUGACUCCCAGGAGACCAGAACUAUUUUUUUAAAGCCUGACAAACUUCAUAAAUGGUGACGUGACUUUUCUUCCUCUUACAUGCUGAAUCACUGGUGGAAAUUCUAGAAUAAGCAAGAAUUGCAAGAAAAUAAAGUUAGACAGAUCUUUCUCUUUGCCUUGAAUACUGCUUCCAUGUAUUUUGGAAAAGAAAAUGAUUUCAUUUAUAAAUGAACAUACUAAAAUAGUCAUGUAUAGCUUCUAGUGUUUUAAAUUAUUUUUAUUUAUUAGAAAGAAAAUAUAUUUUUUCUUUUUUUUCAUUGCCAGAUAUCUUCCCAUAUAUCACAGCAAUGCAAAAUCAAAAGGAGCUAGUGGCCAGAUUCCUUAAUGCACAUUUCUCUUCUUUCUCUCUUUUUCUUUGAGGAGAAUGAUGGUCACCACCCCAAUUUGUAAAGAAGGGAAAUGGAUUACUAAAACAAAUUUAAGAUGGCCAAUAUUGUAUGCACAUAGUUCAGUAAAUCAAAAAAAAAAAAGUCAAAAGAGCAGAGGUGAAUAUUUCCCCCUCUCCUGGAUGGGUGUAUGUUUUGAUCUGCAUUGACACCAGCUCUUAACAAAUCAAACUUCAUUAUCUUCCCAGUUGAAAGUCAUUAUCUUUGUAGUUUCCGUUUUUCUCCAGUGUUUCUUAUCCUUUGCUUAUAUAUUUAGAAGAAAGAGCUUCUUGUAACUUUUCUGCAGUCGCCAGAUCAGGUUUAAGCAACCAGCUCAGGAUAUGGGGAAGGGUUAUAGGCACACCUAGAAUGUGAAGGUUGUGAGCCAGAGGCACCCAAGAGCAGACUCUGUUGAUCUCAUGGUGAGGUCUCCUCCGCCAUGCUUUAUGCUCCCUGUUUCAUACUUUUAAGGCACCCAAGCAAGUCAUGUGGACUGUGGGAGGGUCUGCUAUGUUCUUUUCCCUGCUCAGAGCUUUUAGCCUAAAAGUUGGUGAACAUCAACGAAUACUUUACCUAACGAUAGGAUCUAAGAAGUUUGCAUGCUUAUCACAAAUUUUUGGUUUGGAAGUCUGUCAAGGAGAUGACUGUUGCUCAGAUUUUCAUUUGUUGGCUUUCCUUGGUUGAAUUGCUGGGACAAAACAUUCAAACUUGCUAAAAUACUUACAAAAAAAGAAAACCAACCAACCAACUAACCAACCAACCAACCAACCAACCAACCAACCAAAAACCAGUAAACAACCAAAAGGAAAGUAAGUCAUGCUCUUAACAUAGACUGUUAGAAAAAGGCCUUGGAAAAUUACCAGCAAUGAAAUAAAAUGUAUCAGCCACUUCAACCUGUGGUCAAAAGAUUUUUCUAGCCAUCAGAUGCAAUUGUGAUGUCUGAGCUCUGCUGUUGCAUGCAUGCCCAGUGUAUAGUCACCUCAACAACUGUUUCAUUCCAAUGACUCAGAAAGUCUUUUCAACUCCACAGUGAUCGACCUUUGAUAUGAUCAUCAGGGUCUCUGUAGAAUCCUGAGUGUGACUGUGAUUUUUAUUUCCUUAGAAAUGUAAAAUGUGAACACUUUUCCAAAUCAACAAAAAUUGCCCCUACAGACCCAUGACAUCUCUUCCAUGAACUCUUUAGGCCAUGAUUCUGUGGUACCUAGUUAUGAUAGUACAAAUCAGAUCAGAGAAAAGCAAUGUGAUCACUAUGGAAACAUGUUCACUAAGGACUCCAAUAUCCAAUGUAGGCAAAAUGAGCUUCCACCUCUGUCCACUCCCUGCAGAGCCAAUAUAGCUGUGCUUCCACCUUGUAGGCAUUGUCCUGCAGUGACUUGUCAGACUGUGGUUACUCUGUUGUCACACUUUGUAGAAUUAGUUCUAUAAAAGUAUUGUGAAUAUAAUGUGUGUCCAAUUGGAUUGUUAACACAAAAAUAUUUAUAACCAAUCACUAGUCUACUCAGGCUAAAAUGAUGUCAGCAGUUUUAUAUUCGGGCUUAUAAACAUUUCUUGGUUUCCAACAGAACUCAGAUGUGUUGAUGGGGAGAAUCCACUGCCAGAAUCUUGACAGCAUUCCUGAAAGCUAAGACUUCCUUUAACAUCAUGAUUUUGCAUUGGGGUUACCUAAGUACAUUCAUAUCAAUCCACGCUCUUCUUUCCUUCCUGAACCAUAGUAGGCUCUUCUUUACACUCAUUCCAAUUAGCCUUACCUCUGAAUUUGUCUUAGUUCCUUAAUCUCCUAUGGUGACCAAUGUUUUUUACCUAAAUAAUUUUCCAUCAGAAAAAUAAUGGUCUCAACACUACUCCAUGGAAGGCAGGAAUCAGAAACAUAAUCCCCGUUUCCCACUCUAGCUAGAGAUUUAAAUCUAAACUUGUUUCUCAACCAUAAUGGCUCUAAUAGUUUCCUACAGUAAGUGACUCCCUCCACUCACCAAGCAGCUUCCAAAACCCUAGAUAAUAGAAAUCCAUUUCCUUCUAUGAUAGACUAAUAAAUGAGGAAGAGGUCAAGCAUGAUUCUCAGAUUGUCCAGAAAAUGACCAUGUGGUGGCCCCAUCUGGCAAAAGCUCAAGGCAACUCAGUUGAAACAGAAAUAACAUUUGUUAAAAAAAGAACUGAAGGGCUCAAGACAACAUGCAAAGUUCCCAGUUUGCCUCUGUUGGUUGAGUUCUGAGUCCUCUGUAGAAUUAAAUAGUCUUUCCAUCCACAUUAGGCCAAUGGUGGUCCUCUUUGGAAUAUUCCACAUUAGAAGGGUCUGAUCUUUAGUCCCUGAUUAGGGUUUCAGAAAAGCUAUCUUGGCAAACUAAUGAUGCUUGGGUGCUUUGGGAAUCAGACCAUUUGAAAAAUGGAAACUACCUGUGUACAUCAUUUUAUAAUGAUGUACCUGUGAACAUUGUAUCUGUGUACAUCAUUGCCAACACCAUCUUUCUCAUGAAUGCAGUCUGUAUUUGUCUAAGCAACUGUAUUUUGAAAUUACUCUCCCCUGCUAUAGCAAAUAGAAGACAUUCACUCAAGGUGUUUUAUAUUUAUAAAUUGAUUACGUCUAAGUCACUUGGAAGAACAGCCUUCCUUCUACAAGUUACACUUUGUUUUUGUUGUUAUUUGUUUGUUUGUUUUUAAGUGUUGGAAGACUUUAGUAAAGGAAUUAGAAUGGUUUUGGGUUGAGUUGGAAGUGUAGACUGGGAAAAUGUAUGAAAUUAGAGAUAUUUUGAAUGGAGAACAGAAAGUUUCCAACUGUGCCUGAUUUAGAAGUUCAAGAGCACUCAUAUAAUUUUAGCUAUUAACUAUAAAAAUGUUCUUUAAAUUCUUCAAGUUUCAUUGACUUGAACAUGAGGAUGGUUCGUGGAGAUGAUGAAGGUCUUUUUCAGACCAACUAAAGCAGUGGUUGCCUUACUUCAGCCAAGCCCUGGGAGACUAUUUUUUUCCAGAGCUGUAAUUAUGGCUCUUCUGGCCAUAUUAUCCAUAUAGCAUUUCUGAGCUAAACACAGCAUCCACUCUCUGCUCUGGACAAAGAACAGUCAGGUUCAUUUCUAUAUUCUCCAGUUUGAAAGCUCUUAGAGUGGAGAUGCAAAGGUUUACCUUCAGCCUCACAUCCACCACUGAUGAGCUGGGUUUAGUCAUUCUGGUUUCUUUUUACAGCCUUCCUUUCCACCUUCCCUGUCUCUUGGUGCAGUGGAGAUUGGAUAGUCUCUUCAUCUUUAGCCCACAGCUCCAAUAGUAUGUAGAGAGAGUUUGGACAACCCUACUCUGCUACUGCUAGUUCCAUUCAUGUCCCCUCUCUACACUCACCCUUACUUCUCAUUUCAUUCCAUUUGUCUGGUUGUGCCCAUGAUAGCACAAUGUCUUUGCUGCUUACAUUCAAAAGUGCCAUUAUGAGUUGUCAAUAGCAUGGUCCAGGAGGACCUUGUGGAAAGAAUGAUAGAAAGAGGUAGAAAAGUACAACGAAAAUCAGUAUCAGACAAGUGACUCAGAGUCAUCUUAAUUACCAAGAGAUCACACAAAUUCACUGAACAUUAAAUUCCAGCCCAAGAUCUGCUCAUUUUUAUUUUAACCAUAUUUUCUGCUUUUGGAAUGGUGGUAAAGUCAUAGAUACAGUAGCCCUCACUACUUAUCACUUUAGCCAUCAUUUUCAAAAACGUAGACAAACUGAAGAAUCACUUUCAACUUUCCCACUAGAUUCUCUUUCUGCCUCUGUUGUUUCCCCCAUGUUUUAAACAAGUAUGUUUCUGCAAUAGAACAAUGAUUUCUCAUUUAAAUCCCAUGACCUCUUGAUAAAAUAAGGAGUCCCUUUGGAUUCAUUUAGGUUAUUUAAGCUAAGUUUAUUUUUAACUGGUCAUUGCCCAUACCUCUUAAUAAUUCCAAGGUUACCACUAAAAUAAGGCUAUGCAGAGGACAUUUUAAAUUUCAGUUUUGAAUACCUAUGGUAAGGGUGAUUUUAAAAUAUUUAAAAUAUUAAGAAAGGGACCCAUGUAGCCCUACACUUGUUAGAAUCCCCCUGCAUUCCAGUCUCACAUGGCUUCAUGGAGAAAUGAUUCUCUUUUAGACUUUUUGUUCUAGAUCACUCUUUUUAACUGUGCUUUUGAGCAUGAAAAUGCAAAACUCAGAGUAUAUAUCAAAAGGCUAGAAGGAAGAACAAAAAGAGAUAGAUGCAACACUUUAAGAAGCCCUGGAAAGAGGUGGUACUUAGAAAAGAAGAGGUUCCCUUGAACCAUGAAUGGGAAAAAUAAUAGGCUGGGCUGUGGAGACUUUUCAAUAGGAAAUACUUAGUUUGACUGGAGGUACAAGGAUCUUGAGUUUUGUCUUGUUUUGUUUUGUUUUGUUUUGUUUUGUUUUGUUUUGUUUUGUUUUGUUUUCCAAUGAAAGAGGCCUUCAGGAGCUAUAAUGCACUAGUACCAAGAUGAUUUUGCUAUAUGGAGCAACUUACCUUCAAAAAUAAAUUUGUGUCCAUGCACUUACUGAAAACAAUGUAUGGCAAGAGUUCAUGGAAGGAACUAGGAAGUGGGUGGUUGAAGAGCCACAUUUAAAUCAGAGCAUUGAUUUAGAAAGUCAGAGAGAAUCACUGAAAGGGCCGCACAAGGAGCGAUGAGUAGUGGUGACUGUACCCUUUGGGGUUGAAGCCUUUGAGACAUUCUAUCCUUUCUGGAAAGUAUCACAGAAACAUAGGCUCUCAAGUUGAACCAUCUCUCAGCAACUUGAGAUCCUGUGAUUGCACUCAAUAACAGCUCACCAUGAAGAACACCUACCUUCUUCCUACAUUUCCACCUUGUCAUGCAGUACUCAAUUAUUAAAAUACCCAUGGGUCCACCACACAGAUUAAAGGAAAGGAAAAGAUUUUCAGAUUAUUUUACAAAGAGUCCUGCUGGUUAUACUAUUUAACAGACACCAGGGAGACCACCAAAAAAAUCAUAGAAUAAUCAAGAAUUUAGUUAGAGGAAUGAGUAUGACACAUUCUUGCUUGCAGUAAGCUUGAAAUCCAACUUAAAGGAGCACCCUAAAGAGCCAGUAGAGAAAGAAUAAGCAUGGAUAGAACACUGUCCUCCAAUAGAGCAGGAGAUAAGAAACAAGCAGUUUGAAGCGGUUAAUCAAGCGUUGUAGACUAGAUGGGGUUUCAGAGUUAAGUAUGCUGAGGAGCAACAUCCCAGCUCAUUCAGGAACAUGGAUGGAUCAAUGAUUUCAUGAGUUGAUCAAGUAGUCCCUGUGCACCUGUUGCUGGACAGCUUGUGUCCCUUCUUGGCAACAGGAGACAUGUUAUGUAGAACAUGCAUCCAAUAAAGACUUUUAAUUGGAUGGGCUACAUAGCAAGUAAGUACCAUGACAGCUGUGGAAGUUUGACUUGGAUUCUAAGGAUGGGCAGGAGUUUGAAAGAGUCUAUAAAAAGUAAUGGUUUGUUGCAGACCCCAAGGACAGAGCAGUGCAGAGGGACAGAAAGAAGAGGAGAAGAUGAGAAUGUGAGACAAGAAUUUAGACAGCUGAGAAAGGGGCUGCUUUCAUCCCUAUAAAAAGGAGGGGAGCGAUCCAUUCCAAUCACGAAGGUAUUCUGGACUGAAGAUGCAAACAGCUGAGAAGAUGUUUUGGGAGGUCCAGAUCAUGAGGAAGCCCCCUUUAUCCCCCCGCCCCUGUGACUCAGGUAAUUAUAAAGGGAGAAGUCUGAAUGAGGUUUUUCAAUAAAGAAAACAUAGGCUUAGAUGACAGGUCAGUAGAACUGUCUGGAGGCUACAGCCAAGUUUUCAGGGGCUCAAUGGAGCAAACCAAGCUGAUAUGAUUAGGACAGAAUAUCUAUUUAGUAUUGGGAGAGUGGGAAACAGAAAGAGGGGUUUAAAAAUAGAGAAAAUGAACCAGUAAAUGAGGGGUGAGAUGGAGGGGAUCUGAAAUAGUGACUCAGAAGUAAUGAGGCAGACUGUAAGGACCAAUUUCUCCUUGUCUUUAUCUCAUGUGGUUGCCCUGAAGACUGGAUUGAGUGAGAAAGUAGCAGGCCAUUCUCGGUCAGUUUUUACACCAUGGAAAUGGGAUACACAGGGUAUCUAGGUCAUCAGCAUGCCCUCUAAAGUUCCCACAGAAAGGUCUUGAGAGGUAGUCUCUCCUUUCAUCAGUUCAUAUCACCCCCAUUGUACCUCAUCCCUCAUGCAUAGCACACCCAGAACCUUCUAGUUGCAACAGUCUUCAUACACAAAAUACGAAGGUCGCCUUGUUCUGGUGGCUUUUCUGGACCGGGGUAAACGGGAAUGCUUUUUGGCCAAGUGAAAACUGAGCUCCUUUCUAGGUAGAAUAUUACAUUGAAAAGAGAUUUCCCCUGGUCUGUUUAUCCCACGAGAAACUUCUGUGUUUCUUCUUGUCCUCCAAAGCUGACCCCAAAGUUCCCCAGGGCCUGUCUUAGGAAACAGCACCUGUCCUGCUGUUUAGAGUCUUAGAUGGAAAUGUACACACACAACACAUGUGCCUGUCAAAGCAUCCCCGAACUUCCUGCCCUAGGGAUCCAGGAGGUAGUCAUCCAGGAGGAGGUUGUCAUGGGGAAGGACAGGAGGAGGUAGUCAUCCAGGAGGAGGUAGUCAUGGGGGAAGGAGCCCCUAUAACGAGACAAGUCAAGCCCCAGGUCUCCAAGAAACCAGAGCCGUUCCCCUUCUCCUUCCGCUGUGUACACAUUUGACCAGAACUGCAACAUUUCAAACAUAAACCCAGAUCUGCCUGGAAAUCCUAAUUAAAAACGUUCCGUUCCCAGGUGGUACAAUCACAUCCUGCCUAAAGUGUCUGGCUCUUGGCCCACUACACAGAUGCCGAAAAGAGACUUUUCCCCACUUAACACCAAAACCUUCAUUUGGGAUUUCUUCAGGGGACAAAGGGGAAAAAAAAACCAAUUCAGAGGUACCCAUAUGCAGAGGUCAGCCUACAACACAUUCAUUAAGGGAAAAGAGCGUGGUUUGUUUCUCUGUCUUUCACACUUUGAUUGCUGGCAUGGUGACUGUGGCUAUGAUGAAUUAUGUAACCAGACAGGAACUGGAGAAGAGAAUAAAUGCUGGUGCUCUGAAAUGACCUACCCAACUCUGUCAUCUGUAACAACCAGUGAUAACUCUCUUGUCUUGUAAAAAGGGUUUGUACAUAACUUGUACAUGGUUUCAUUUUGUAUUUUUCGCAGAUUAAAAAUUUAUGUAUUUGUGUUCUAAAA